AUGCAGAUGCAUCUGACGAUUUCAGAAGAAUCAAAGUGUUUCGUCAAUGACGGGUCCCCUAUUGACCGAUAUGGUCCUUCAUUGAGAGUGGUUACUGAUUCCAACGUGCACCCGAGACUCGCUAGACGAUCAUCAUGCUACUCAAGGGACACAGAUGGAUGUUCUAUUUAUGAUUAUGAAGGAUUAGGAAUGCGAGAGAAUGAUAGAGAGAAAUACUUUAACAAUACUAUCACGGGGGAUAUCCAACGGCCAGCAGAGGCUCAUCUUUCGGUAAAUUCUAUUCAAUACGCGACUCUGAAUGAUGAUCUGAGCAAGUUGAUAAUUCAGGGACUGAGCGACCCGUACAAAAGUGAGAUAAGCCAGGUUUCUGGUCAAUAUGAAAUGAUGGAAGUCAAUUCCCCGCCGGGCCAGAUUUUUAGCAAUUCGGCGUCGAACUUGAAGCCUAUAUACCCAUUGCGCAUACUGACACCUAAUCCGCGGCCACAAGGUCCAAUGUUAUCUCCCUAUAAACCAAAUUGGGAGACUACAGGAUGGCCGAAAACCAAUCCACUCAUUGGAAGACCCUCUGAACCACCUAUAAGACCAGAACGAUGGAGUGCAGCAAGCCCAUCAUUAAGAACACCGAAUAUUCUCGUCAGCCCCUUCAAGAGUCCGCCGAGUAUAGUCACUGAAAAUAUUGCUGCUAAGAGUGCAUUACAACUGCAUAAGCCCUCGACUAAGUCAAACAUCCUUUAUUCAAAUUCAUCUUAUACAUAUCCUACAAAGAAGGAGGGGACACUGGUGGUUAUUGCUGUUUACCUCAUGAUGUUUUGCACCGCGAUGGACAUGGUAAUACUCUCAACCUCAGUCCCCACCAUAACGAGUCAUUUCAGCACCAUUGAGGACGUCGGAUGGUACAGCACAUCCUACUUUUUAACAGCCUGCUCAGCCCAACUCCUCUUUAGCAAAUUAUAUCAAUUCUAUGCCUCAAAACGGAUUUAUUUAGUAGCUCUCGUGUUAUUUGAGCUUGGAUCACUUGUUUCCGGAGCCGCGCCUGUUUCGGCGAUGCUGAUUUUUGGUCGUGCUUUGGCUGGGUUUGGUGCUUCUGGUGUUUGGUCCGGGAAUAUAAUGAUAUAUGGACAGUGCGUGCCAUUGGGUCGGAAAACUGUUCGUAUAGGAAUACUUUUUGGUCUUCCUAGCGUUGCGUUGGUAGUAGGACCCCUAGUUGGUGGCGUUCUCACACAAUAUUCCUCAUGGCGUUGGUUUUUCUUCAUCAACAUACCUUUCGGAGUGAUAUCAUGCAUUUUGAUGCUGGCGUCGAACUGGGGCAGUCCUUCAAAUGAAACAACUCGAUCAACGUUCCAGAAUAAACUGCCGUUGCUGGACGUUGAAGGUUGUCUACUUUUUCUUCCUAGUAUUAUCUCCCUAUUGCUUGGCUUACAAUGGGGAGGCGUCAAAUACCCGUGGGGUUCGGCGUGUGUUAUCGUCGCGUUCACUGUGUUCCUCGUGACAAUUUCUGGAUUCAUUCUUAUCCAAAGGUACAAGGCUGACAUUGCGAGUAUUCCACCAUGGAUAAUUUUAAAUCGGAAUGUUUAUAGCGGGAUGUUGGUUUCUUUUUGCCUGGGGGGUAGUAUAGCCCUCAUGGUGUAUUAUCUUCCCUUAUGGUUCCAAGUAACAAAAGACGCCUCACCUUCACACUCAGGAGUCAUGCUGUUACCCCUCGUCCUGACCACGGCUAUAACAUCAAUGGCAAUCGAUAGCCUAGUCAAGCUUGUCAGAUACUACACUCCUUUCCUUGUCUUUGCCUGCGUUAUGAUGUCUAUCGGGGGUGGUCUACUCACAACCCUACAUGAGAGUAUCCCGACAUCUGCAUGGAUCGGUUACCAGAUCCUCUUCGGCCUCGGCGCAGGGUCCGGUAUACAGCAAACCCUGCUGCAUAUCCGGUCUUCCUUCCAAAAACCCCGAGAUAUUGCUAUUGCCACAUCACUAAUAAUAUUUGCACAAACCCUUGGCGCUGCCUUUGCUAUCGGGAUUUCUCAGUGUGUAUUCGAGAAUAAACUAUCCAAUGGCAUUCAGGCAGAAAGUCUAGGAGCUGUUGGUGUGCAGAGACUACUUCAUACCGGAGCUACAGAACUGCGAAAAGUGCUGAAUGGGGAGGAUCUGGAUACGGUGCUCCGUUUGUAUACUAACGCCCUGGACCAAGUGUUUUAUGUGAGCCUGGGAUUUGCGGCUGUGUCUAUAUUAGGUACAUUGAUGAUGGAAUGCUGUUCAAGGGGCAAAAGAGCUCCAGUGGUUUUUAACUGA